AUGCAAGCAAACACAUCCGAGAAAAAGUCGCUGGGCAGUCACGCCGGGGGUUCUGAUUCUCAGCUGGGAGGGCUUUCUUCGACUCUUGAGAACCGCGACGCCAGCACUCAAUCCUCGAGUGCCUCCAAGAAUGAAGAACCUGGUUUAGCAGAAGCUUCGAAGAGCAAGGAGCUGCUUAGGGCCAAAGAAAACGACUUUAAAAGGAAACAUUUUGGUGUGGUUGGAAUUCUUUCAUGGAUAUUCUUCUUACACGUUAUUGGCAUAUAUCUAUUCACGAAAGGAUUCCUUUUGACUCGCCUGGUCCUCAGCGACAAGUCGAGUUGCAACAUAUCUCCCCUUGACAAUGUUGAUUUCGGUAGUGGAAAAGCAGACGAGGGCUGCUGGCACCCCAAGACUUUCGACAAGGCCGUCUUCUUAAUCAUCGAUGCUUUGAGAUAUGACUUUACCGUCCCGUUUCAUCCAAAGUCAGAGAGUGACGAGGCACAAAUAUUUCAUGACAACAUUCCUAUCCUUUACGACACCGCAGUCCAAUCACCUGAGAAAGCGUUCCUCUUACCUUUCAUUGCCGACCCUCCCACAACCACCCUACAACGAUUGAAAGGACUUACUACCGGCACAUUACCUACUUUUAUUGACGCCGGCUCGAAUUUCGCUGGUACGGCCAUUGACGAGGACAAUAUCGUGUCUCAGUUGCGUGAUGCUGGUAAAAACCUGGUUCACCUGGGAGACAAUACCUGGCAUAGCCUGUUUCCGGACUACUUUGACCCGGAACUGACCCGCCCGUUUGACUCUUUCAAUGUAUGGGACCUGCAUACCGUGGACAACGGGGUCAAUGAUCACCUAUUCCCUCUCCUUCACCCGACAAACGCAACAAAAUGGGACGUUAUUUUUGGACAUUACCUCGGCGUCGACCACGCCGGCCACCGCUACGGUCCUAACCAUGCCGCUAUGGCCGACAAACUGAAACAAAUGGACCAGGUUAUUCGUAACAUCAUUGACUCGAUCGACGACGAGACACUCCUCAUUGUGAUGGGGGAUCAUGGCAUGGAUUCAAAAGGCGACCACGGCGGCGAGUCUGAUGACGAAGUGGAAGCCGCCCUUUGGAUGUACUCCAAGAAAGGCAUAUUUGGACGUACAAGUCCGGAAUUCGUGACGCCACCGAAGACCGCUAAGGAACGUCCAAUUCCCCAAAUCGACAUUGUUCCUACCCUCUCUUUGCUUCUCGGUAUCCCUAUCCCUUUCAACAACCUUGGCUCUCCCAUAGAAGAAGUAUUCGCAGGAAAUUCGGGUUCGGAUCUGAAGAAUCUAGCAACGGUUAACCGUAUCACAUCGGCUCAGAUCAAAAGAUACCAACAUCAAUACGCUUUGGCGCGAGGAGUCGACGAUAGUCAAACAUCUGGCCCUUUGUCGCUCUGGGCCGAGGCCGAGUCACAAUGGAAGGCAUUGUCAAAAUUGGGAUCCAAUUCGGAAAAAUUACGGUCCGCAUACGCGGCUUAUAAAGAGUAUCAGCGAGAUACCUUGGACGUCUGUCGCGGCUUGUGGGCCCGGUUUGAUGUACCUAGUAUGGUACAAGGGGUUGCGUUUCUUUUGGGGGGUAUCGUGGUGUUGAUCACGUAUGCUCGAGGUAUACGUGACGACCGGACGACCCUCAACUCAACUCUACUUUCUCGCAUUGGCUUAGGUUUGAGCCUAGGAGCCGUGGGUGCCCUGGUAUUCGUGUAUGCUGGCGAUGCCUCUCUGCUUGACUCCUUAGCGUUUGGUACUGCAGGAGGAAGUAUACUGGGUGUAAUGUCUACCGUUUUGUCCACACCGAAAAGCUUUAAAUCGUCGCUGCCAAACUCUUUCUGGAGCUGGUUUGCUGUGAUUGCAACUGUUUCUCAGUCCAUUGGAUUUGCGUCGAACUCAUAUACCAUUUGGGAGGAUCAGAUAUUGCUCUUUUUCCUUGUCACUUUUGGUGUACUUGCCGGGAUCUCGUCGAUGCGUCAAAUCUCGACAUCGGAUAGGGUUCUUGGGACGUAUCACUCGAUCCUCUUUAUUAUCAUGACAAGACUUGCAUCGUUCUCUCGUUUAUGCCGAGAAGAACAGAUGCCGUUUUGCAAAUCAACCUAUUACUCGUCCGCAACCUCUUCAACUUCAGCUCCUUGGCAGCUCAUUGUUCCCUUUGCAGUUGCAUUGAUCUUGCCGAAUGUGGUAAGAUCCUUUUAUGUAGGCUCUAAGUCAUACGAGGGUUCUGCUACUCUAUGGAUCGGCUUCGCUUUCCGUGUCGGAUUAAUACUAUCCGCAGUUUUCUGGACUUUCCAUGCAGCUGAUGACAAUGGUUGGUUUCCUCUCGCCAAGGGCAUCUUGAGAUAUCUUCGAAACAUUGUAGCCCAGUUGGUGCUAGCCAUUGCGUUUGCCGCAGGAACAGCAACUUUUGUUUGGGCGAAGCCAUGCAUCAGCAUCAAUAUGACGCAGGCUAGUGACCAACCGGAGCCGCAGCAACAACGCACGACAAUUACGAUUCUCGGCUUCGCAAACGUGCACGGCUCUAGGUUCGUCCUGUUGGUCAUUAAUUUCUGCUUGGCGAUUACACUUUUGAGCAAGCCCAUGGGGCAAGGGGCUAUUGCUAUUGAGAUGGUGCAGAUUUUGUCAUUGGUUGAGAUUCUCGACACGAAUGCGCUCACCACGACCAACUCAGCCAUUGGGCCAGUCGUGUUGGGUCUGCUGGGAUCAUUCCAUUAUUUCAAGACCGGCCACCAAGCUACAUUAAACAGCAUACAGUGGGAAAGCGCAUUCUUUGCCCUCUCCACAGUCAGAUACCCCUGGUCGCCCCUACUGGUCAUUUUCAACACCUUUGGCGCACAGAUCCUGGCCGCCGUCGCCGUGCCCCUCGUGGUGCUCUGGAAACGCCCAAUCGACACCCACGGCCGGGUCCCCAUGCAGCUCGUUUCUUCAGAGGACGAGAGCAGCAGCAGCGGCAGUAGUCGCCCAAUGCUUCGCCUCCUCUCCGACGUCGCUCAGGCCUCGGCAACGCAUAUGCUCUACUACGCUACCAUCAAUUUGGCGACGACCAUGUGGGCCGGCCACCUACGUCGCCAUCUCAUGUUGUACCGCAUCUUCAGCCCUAGAUUCAUGUUCGGUGCUGCUAUCUUGGGCGUCGUCGACGUGAUCGUCGUCGUCGUCGCCCUGGGUCUCGGAUUGAGAUGGAACACUGUCAGUGUAGCAGAAGUUUUCGGAUGGUGA